AUGUGGAUCGUUUCAUUUUGGGUGUUUCCGUUGGUCUCGGCCUGCAUGUGGGUUGCAAUGUUAAUCGCGAUGUUAGUCACCUGGGUCGUCCAAGGCAAACCAGUCUACGCCAGCAUGGAAAACGGCCAAACAAUCGCAUACAUCUCAGACGUCGGUGCCCAAGGUCUAAAACCCCUCUUCAUCGCAGGAAGCGUCGUCACAGUCGUCUUCCUAGAUCUAGCCUUUCUCUCAGAGCGCUGGCUCCGCCACGCAGGCCAACUCGCGCCAAACAAGGGCAAAUUCGACAAAGCGUGCGCCAUCUCCUCGCUAUUCUUCGCCGUCGCGGGCGCUGCGGGACUUAUCCUGUUGUCGAUUUUUGAUACGCUGAGACAUCCCAAGCUUCAUGAUGGGUUUUUGGCACUUUUCCUCGUCGGCUACAUAAUAAGCGCAAUUCUAAUCUGCGCCGAAUACCUCUGGAUCGGAAUAUUCUACCGCAGCCAACACCGAAUCCUGCUCGCAAGUUUCAUCAUCAAACUCGCCUUCAUAAUAAUCGAAGUCGGCCUCGCAAUCGGCUUCGGCGUCUGCAUGAAUGCCAAAUCGAGCGAGAAGAAGAAUAUCGGCGCUAUCCUGGAGUGGGUUAUUGCGUUUGUCUUUACGGGAUAUGUGCUUUCUUUCGUGAUUGAUUUGUUGCCGUCCGUGCGGACGAGGAGACAUCUCCCGCAGGGAGAGAAAUAUCGGGGUGGGAGUGAGUCUGGGAAUGAGGAGCCCGUUUCGACGGCCUCAAUUGAGGAACCUUUGACGACAGACUCUGUUGGACCUAAUACGCAUUUUUAUCGGGGGCAGAGGGUUUGA